UCACGCUUAGAAAUAUGUGUGACCAGAGCAGCUAAGUAGGUAUACACACAGAGAUUGCCUUUGCUCGUGUCCAGUGAUCGUGUGUAAAGCAGCGUGACGUUCGUUCGAGAUAGUUAUAGUUCAUAAAAUGGCAACGAUAGUAGAUAAGGAGAAUGUAAUUCAAGCAUAUGACGCCGUAAGAGAUGUGAACACCGACAUUACUUGGGCAGUCUUCAAGUAUGAUAACAACUACCUCGUCUGUGGUGGCGUAGGAAAUGAUUUUGAUGAGAUGAAAUCACAUUUUACAGAUGACGACCGGUUGUUCGCCUACGUGUGCGUGGAGGUGGGCGACUCGUACGCGCAGCAUUGCUCCAAGUUCGUUCUUCUCACCUGGUUCGGUCCUCAGGUGAGCGUCAUCCAGAGGGCGCGCAUGAGCACGGACAAGGGUCUCCUCAAGGAAAUCGUACUGGUAAGGAACGACGACGCACACGUCGCUGUUUUACAAUAUUUUCAAAAGAGCUCCACAUCGAGACCAUUGAUCAGGUUACUCCAGAAUAUCUGAGAAAGGUCGUUCAAGAAGACAUGCGUGCAUAUUGACCAACUGCGAGCAGCUAGCUUCUACACAUACAUAUAUCUCGCCAAUUUCCGUAGUUUUAGAAGACAAUGGUUAGGUAGAUUUAACGGUACCGGUAUUGUUAUUCUCUACGAAACUGUAAUUAGCACAUAGAAAUAUCUGCUCUUAAUUAAAUGGCUAUUUUGCUAUCUGUUUUAGCGAUUUCUGAACAGACAUUUCACAGAAUGCCAUCACUAUUAAUUCAUUUAGUCUACGCAGUAGACGUAGACAUGAAGAUGUUUGUCCGUUGCGAUUUUUGCCGACAUCUUGUACGUGUAAUUAGAAUGAAAUACAUUAUCGCAUAAGUAAUAAACGCAAUUUUAAUUAGUUUAUUAUAAUAAAAUUAAUAAUGAUAAUACCUUA